GGCCGGCAGUGGGCGGGGCCGCCGCAGCCGCGGGAGCCGCCGAGAGCGGGAUGGGUCCGGCCGGGCUGCGCCGCGCCCGCGGACUUAUAGCAAGAAUCCCUGUUGCUUUGAGAAGCACAAUGACCAUCUCACAGCUCUGUUUGGAGGAGAGGGCAUAGAAAGUCUGCUGCCACUGCACUCUGCCGAGGUGUGUGGUAAAAAUGGUGCAGAAAUACCAGUCCCCAGUUCGAGUCUACAAAUACCCUUUUGAGCUGGUCAUGGCAGCCUACGAGAAACGCUUUCCUACGUGCCCAGAGAUCCCAGUGUUCCUGGGGAGUGAAAUCCUGCACGAAUCCCGGAGCGAGGACGGAGCCAUCCACGUCAUCGAGCGCAGCUGCAAGCUGAACGUGGACGCUCCCAGGCUGCUGAAGAAGAUUGCAGGGGUGGAGCACGUGUUCUUCAUCCAGAGGAACACGGUGAACUGGAGGGAGCGGACGCUGCGCAUCGAGGCCCACAACGAGACCUUUGCCAACAGGGUGGUGGUCAGGGAGACCUGCAGCUACUCAGUUCACCCUGAGAAUGAGGACUGGACCUGCUUUGAGCAGUCAGCCUCCCUUGACAUCAAAUCCUUUUUUGGCUUUGAAAGCACCGUGGAAAAAAUUGCCAUGAAGCAGUACACCUCCAACAUCAAGGCAGCCCCUGCCCGCCCCCCGAGCCUGCCAGCCCCGACGGUGACAAACUGGACGCUGACUACAUCGAGCGCUACCUGGGCCAGCUGACCCCGCUGCAGGAGAGCUGCCUGAUCCGCCUGCGCCAGUGGCUCCAGGAGACCCACAAGGGAAAGAUCCCCAAGGAUGAGCACAUCCUGCGGUUCCUGCGCGCCCGCGACUUCAACAUCGACAAAGCGCGGGAGAUGCUGUGCCAGUCGCUGGCCUGGCGCAAGCAGUACCAGGUGGAUCUCAUCCUGCAGUCCUGGAGACCCCCAGCCCUGCUGCAGGAGUACUACACUGGGGGCUGGCACUACCAGGACAAAGAUGGGCGGCCGCUCUACAUCCUCCGCCUCGGGCAGAUGGACACCAAGGGUUUGGUGAAGGCCCUGGGAGAGGAGUCCCUGCUGCGACACGUUCUGUCCAUUAAUGAGGAGGGACAGAAGAGAUGUGAGGAAAACACCAACAUCUUCGGCCGCCCCAUCACAUCCUGGACGUGCCUGGUGGACUUGGAAGGGCUCAAUAUGAGGCACCUGUGGCGGCCUGGGGUGAAGGCCCUGCUCAGGAUCAUCGAGGUGGUGGAGGACAACUACCCUGAGACCCUGGGGAGGCUCCUGAUUGUGAGGGCACCGCGGGUCUUCCCUGUGCUCUGGACCCUGGUCAGUCCCUUCAUCAAUGAGAACACAAGGCAGAAGUUCCUCAUCUACAGUGGCAAUAACUACCAGGGCUCAGGAGGGCUGGUGGAUUAUGUGGACAAGGAUGUGAUCCCAGACUUCCUGGGAGGAGACUGCAUGUGCACUGUCUCAGAGGGGGGGCUGGUCCCCAAGUCCCUGUACCAGAGCGAGGACGAGCCCGAGAACUCGGAUCACAUCCGCCUGUGGACAGAAACCAUCUACCACUCUGCCAGUGUCCUCAGAGGAGCCCCACACGAGAUACUCGUGGAGAUCCUGGAGGGGGAAUCUGUCAUCACCUGGGACUUUGACAUCCUGAAGGGAGAUGUGGUGUUCAGCCUCUUCCACUCCAAACGAGCUCCUGAGCCAAGUCACAAAGAAGCCACAGCACCAAGUCCCUGUGGUGCAGGGGACAACGUGCAGCUCAUUGACAAGAGCUGGGUGCUGGGGGUGGAUUACAGCAGGGUGGAGUCUCCCCUGGUCUGCAGGGAAGGAGAGAGCAUCCAGGGCUCCCAUGUCACUCGCUGGCCUGGCUUCUACAUCCUGCAGUGGAGGAUGCACGGGCCCCUGCCCUGCUCCAGCUCCAGCCUGCCCCGUGUGGACGAUGUCCUGGCCUCCCUGCAGGGCUCCAGCCACAAGUGCAAGCUCAUCUACUACUACGAGGUGCUGGCCUCCAAGGACUUCAGGGGAUCCAUGUCCAGCCUGGAAUCCUGCACCAGUGGCUUUUCCCAGCUGAGUGGAGUCACCACAUCUUCCAGCCAGUCCCAGAGCAGCUCCCACCUCUCCAGAUAGCAGAGCCAGGGCUGCAGCACCAGGGGCACCCAAACCAAAGAGCUCCAGGGCUGAGCCGUGGGGCAGCCACAGCCCUUUGGACACAGAGAGGCCUCUGGGGGCUGCUUCAACCACAAAAACUGAAAUUCCAAGGGCAGGUUUAGGGGUUUGGGCUCAGCUGCCUGCUCCUCAGUAGCCUCCUUCACCACCUGUGGGUUUGCAGGACCCCACUCCACUCCAAAGGGCUCUUUUCAGUUCUUUCCCCCAGAGGAGGCUGAUGUUGCCUUACCUGCUGCCCCUUGAGGGAAUUCCUGGGGGGCAAAACAAGGGAAUGUCCUGGGUGCCCACAGGGUUCUGCUCCCACACUGGGCAGUCAGGGGGGCAUUCCAGGGGCAGGGCCUUGGCAGGACCUCCCAACACCUGGGUACAGGCAGCAUGGCUCAGAAAUCACUUCCAGGCCAAACCAAAAACUCUCCUGGUCUGGCAGGAUGCUCUGGGAAAUGUGUUGGAUUUUUGUAACCCUGCUGAGAAACAAAGUUAAAAGGUUUUUGGGUUUUUUUUUUUUUUUUUUUAGAAAUUCCAGGCAUUGAAUCUGCCUGCAGUGAGUGGCAUCUUCCAAACUAUUGUUUCUUUUUACUCAGGUUUACAGCAAUAAUGGGUAGGUCUGUCCCAUUCCCAAGUGGAUGGGAACUGAAUCCAGUCCUAAAGGGCUAAGAAAAGCAAUAUUUGAUUUCCUGUAGGCACAAGAUUUACUGGCAGUAUUACAGAACUUGCUUCUUCUAAACAUGAGCUCACUUGAAACCAUUCAGAGUGGCAUGUAUGUAUGUAAGCACUUACUGAAGCCUAUUUAUUCUAUACUAGCUUAUUUUAAAUUAAUUUUUAACUUAUUAUGUCAGAAAUGACUAUUUAUUAAAUACAGUCACCUUUUUUAAUGGGAUGAACUUUGUUUUAGAAAGGAAUAAUUGAUUGUCUUCAAUCCCAAGCAAUCUUUCUGCUUGGGUCCUGAUCUUUGUGAUCAGUGGAUGUUCUUGCAAAAGGGCUGCAUUGGGUAAGGGCUUGUGUCACCUUCCUUGCAAGGAAAGGUGAGAGUCCAGUGCUUUUUUAGAUUGUUUUUUAGGAUUAAGAAACGAGGAUAUAGUUCAGGAGUUGGCAUAAAGAUGCACUGUCUUCCUACACACCAAAAAUGCCAUGUUUGUCCCUAAUCUCUGAUUGUUCCUGUAGUCAGGUUGGGGAGCAAAGUUAUCCAUGUUCUUGUCCAGGUGAAAAAAUGAUGAGAGCAGGUGUCAAAACUCACCAAGUUUUUAUUCAGGAAUCUGUGAAGUUGUUCCUUCCCACCCUGUUUUUUUAUAAUCACUGGUUUUGAAGCACCAGGCUCUGCCAAAUGAGAAAAGAGCCAAAAUAUUUGGGACAAUGGGAGACCAAGAACUUGUCAUGGGGUUUUUUAAGGAUUGGAGCCAAGGGAAUCACUCUGCACCUUGCAUCUCUCCCUGUGAACAGGUAACUUGGUUAUGUAGAGCUCAGGGAAGUUCUGAUUUCCAGUUCUCAGUUGUUCCAUAGACUUUCAUGUUUCUCCCAGACAAAUGAAACUUCUGUCUCUGGCAUUUCAGCAUAACUGGAGUCUGAUAAAGAGGGACAAAUGUAAAUGUAAUUCCUACAUUUCCUCUGGAAAGUCGGGAAUUCUGGAAGCAGAAGUGGAUGUGUGUAUCCCUCAUGGAAAAUCCUUGACCCAGAAUAAAAUCUAAUUUAGAAACAG